CUCUGAAAGCGAAGAGCCAGCCACAGAAAGCCUGGCGUUCAAGAGAAGGAAGAAGGAAUAUACCGAACGAAACCCAGAUCUCGAGUAUUCAUAUCCGGGCGAUGACGUGUUCAUUUUUAAGGAUGAUUUAGACACUUUCAUGAGUCAACUGAAGGAUUGGAAUGAACGGCUGGAGAAGUAUGAUAAUGGACGAUUCCAACUUCCAGCCGACUUUUUCCGGUCCCACAUCGAACCCUUGAAACAGCACAAAUAUGAUAAACUCCAUGAAUUGGAAAAACAAAUUGAAGAAGUCAUUGCAGACCACUUGAAGAAGGUUGACAGAGAAGCCGAACGCCUCAAGGCACUUUCUAUCAAAAUAAUCAUAUCAAAUAUCGAGCAGGCGUGGAAGUCUUUCCUUGAAGCCAUCUACCGGCCAAUGGCGCCUUCCAAAUUUGCCAAGUCAGCCGGAUGGUUUACAGUACAGCAUGGACCAGCUGCCAUCAACUGCUUGCGACCACCUGAAUGCUCUAGGAUUCCUAUUGCACUUUUACACUCUGCUUUUACCAAAUUCAUAUAUACCGUCAAUCAGCCUAUGCCUUUCAAAACCGAGUUCACGGACGCCUAUAAAGCUGCCUGGGAGUUAUGCCUGACCAUGCCUGGCCUUUUCAAAGACAAGAAACAACGUAAAAGUAGCCUCAACAAGACCAUUAACUCCCUUUUAGAAGGGGAGUUUCCUGGGUUUACGCAAAAACGGCUUGGUAAUGCAGACCCUGAUGGCUUAUUGCUUGCCCCCGAUGGCUCAGUUAACUGUAUCAUGGAGAUAAAAAAUGAGCCCGGCUCUGCGGGGGAUGUCUACAUGCAAUCAUCGUGUUCCUAUGACGCAAUUGCAAGGCACGCCCCCACGGGCGGAAAACCAGGCCCCAGCAUAUUAUUUUGCGGUGGCUACAGGGACGGGAUUUAUAGUGUGGUUGAACCACUUUCCCGUUGGUGCUCGAUGCUACCGGAUCAAUUUGGAGAAAGGCAAGAAGUCCUGGCAAAGCAUCUCUAUGCUUUCAAGCUCUCAUUACGUUCUCUGUUCAAUGAUUCGGCAAAAUAUCGAGGAUCGGAGAGUGAAGUCCUAGUCAAGAUCGUUAGGGGCCCAUAUGGAGUAGACGCGCAUCGAUUUGCGGCCGAGAACGGAUUUGCGCCAAGAUUGUAUGGUGUGGCGAAUGUAGACGGUGCCCCACCGGCUUAUAUCAUGGAAUUUCUUUCCGAAGACCAAGGGUGGUUACCACUCCAAAAAGCCUUUUUCCACAUCAAACGUGAAGAAGAUUGGGGAGAGCUGGCCAGUAAGGCUCGGGAAUUUCUCUUUUGCAUGAAGAAUCAACAACUGGUGCAUGGAGACCUUCGUGCAAACAAUACGCUCUUCCGUUUGGGCGAUAAUGGUAUCGAUCUCCGAGUUCUUGACUGGGAUUGGUCCGGGACGGCAGCAACAGUCAGGUAUCCAAUGGACCGCAACCCGCAAGCUGGACUACUAGGAACUCCUGGUGGAUUCAUUCAUAGCAAUCACGACGCAGAGGCUCUUUCUGAACAGUUAAAGCAAGUGGCGCAGCCGCCUAUUCGCUC